AGCACUUCCGCCGCGGGGCGGGGCCCGAGAGGCAGGCAAGGCGGGCGGGCACCGCGGAGAAGACCAGAGAGAGAAGAGAAGAGAGAGGAGAAAGGAGAGAGGCGAGAGCGGCCAGGCUUGGCCUUCCCGAAAGAGAGAGAGAGAGAGAGAGAAAGAGAGAGAAAGGAGGCGUGGCUUAGGAGCAGAGGGGGCGUGGCCAGCCCAGGCAGAGAGGCAGGCCGGGCAAUUCAUCCUUUAUUGAUCCAAGAGGCCUUCAUCCUUUAUUGAUCCCUUGGCAUCGGUAUUGGCAUUGGCAUUGGCAUCGGCAGCGGAGAUGGCGUUUGUGUCGACGCAGGGCCCGACGGUGGUGGACCAGACCACCCUCAUGAAGAAGUACCUCCAGUUCGUGGCCGCCCUCACCGACGUCAACACACCCGACGAAACCAAACUGAAGAUGAUGCAAGAAGUCAGUGAAAAUUUCGAGAACGUGACCUCCUCCCCGCAGUACUCCACCUUCCUGGAACACAUCAUCCCGCGCUUCCUCACCUUCCUCCAGGACGGAGAGGUCCAGUUCCUGCAGGAAAAGCCCGCACAGCAACUCAGGAAAUUAGUUCUGGAGAUCAUCCACCGGAUCCCGACCAAUGAGCACCUCCGCCCUCACACCAAGAACAUCCUGUCCGUCAUGUUCAGGUUUCUAGAGACGGAAAACGAAGAAAACGUCCUGAUUUGCUUGAGAAUCAUCAUCGAGCUGCACAAACAGUUCCGGCCACCCAUCACCCAAGAGAUUCAUCAUUUUUUGGAUUUUGUGAAACAGAUUUACAAAGAACUCCCCAAAGUCGUGAACCGAUAUUUUGAGAACCCGCAGGUGAUCCCCGAAAACACGGUUCCCACCCCGGAGAUGGUGGGCAUGAUCACCACCAUCGUCGUGAAAGUCAACCCCGAGCGGGACGACAGCGAGACCAGGACGCAUUCGAUCAUCCCUCGCGGCUCGCUCUCCCUGAAGGUCCUGGCCGAACUGCCCAUCAUCGUUGUCCUCAUGUAUCAGCUCUACAAACUCAACAUCCAUAACGUGGUGGCCGAAUUUGUGCCCUUGAUCAUGAAUACGAUUAUCAUCCAGGUGUCCACGCAAGCAAGGCAGCACAAACUCUACAACAAAGAGCUGUAUGCCGACUUCAUUGCUGCACAGAUAAAAACGUUAUCAUUCUUGGCUUACAUCAUAAGGAUUUAUCAGGAAUUGGUGGCAAAGUAUUCGCAGCAGAUGGUGAAGGGGAUGCUGCAACUGCUGUCCAACUGUCCAGCCGAGACAGCUCACCUCCGGAAGGAGCUCCUCAUUGCGGCCAAGCACAUCCUCACCACGGAUUUGAGGAGCCAGUUCAUUCCCUGCAUGGACAAGCUGUUUGAUGAAUCCAUCCUCAUUGGCUCUGGAUACACGGCCCGCGAAACACUCAGGCCCCUUGCCUACAGCACGUUGGCGGAUCUGGUCCAUCACGUCCGGCAGCACUUGCCGCUCAACGACCUCUCCCUGGCCGUCCAGUUAUUUGCCAAGAACAUCGACGACGAGUCGUUGCCCAGCAGCAUCCAGACCAUGUCGUGCAAGCUUCUCUUGAACCUGGUGGAUUGCAUCCGCUCCAAGAGCGAGCAGGAGAAUGGAAACGGACGGGACAUCCUCAUGCGCAUGCUGGAGGUCUUUGUCCUGAAGUUCCACACGAUUGCCCGCUACCAGCUCUCCCUGAUCUUCAAGAAGUGCAAGCCGCAGUCGGAGCUGGGGGCGGCGGAGGCGGCGGCCUUGCCGGGGGUCCCGCCAGGGGGGAGCACCGCCCCCGCCCCGGCCCCCUCCCCGGCCCCUCCCUCCGCGGCCCCCCCUGCGGCCCCAGGCCCCUCCUUCGAGAAGCAAGGCGAGAAGGAGAAGGAGGACAAGCAGACCUUCCAAGUCACCGACUGCCGGAGCCUGGUCAAGACCCUCGUCUGCGGCGUCAAGACCAUCACCUGGGGCAUCACCUCCUGCAAAGCGCCCGGCGAAGCCCAGUUCAUUCCCAAUAAGCAGCUGCAACCUAAAGAGACCCAGAUCUACAUCAAGCUGGUCAAAUAUGCAAUGCAGGCGCUGGAUAUUUAUCAGGUUCAAAUAGCGGGGAACGGGCAGACGUACAUCCGGGUGGCCAAUUGCCAGACGGUCCGGAUGAAAGAGGAGAAGGAGGUGCUGGAGCACUUUGCGGGCGUCUUCACCAUGAUGAACCCCUUGACUUUCAAGGAAAUCUUCCAGACGACGGUCCCGUACAUGGUGGAACGCAUCUCCAAGAACUACGCCCUCCAGAUUGUCGCCAAUUCCUUCCUGGCCAACCCAACUACCUCGGCUCUGUUUGCGACCAUCCUGGUGGAAUACCUUCUGGACCGGUUGCCCGAAAUGGGCUCCAACGUGGAGCUGUCCAACCUGUAUCUCAAGCUCUUCAAGCUGGUCUUUGGCUCCGUCUCGCUCUUUGCGGCUGAGAACGAGCAGAUGCUGAAGCCGCACUUGCACAAGAUAGUGAACAGCUCCAUGGAGCUGGCCCAGACGGCCAAGGAGCCCUACAACUACUUCCUGCUGCUCCGGGCGCUCUUCCGGUCAAUUGGCGGAGGGAGCCACGACCUCCUCUACCAGGAAUUCCUGCCCUUGCUGCCCAACUUACUCCAAGGUCUGAACAUGCUGCAGAGCGGCCUGCACAAGCAGCACAUGAAGGACCUGUUUGUGGAGCUUUGCCUCACCGUGCCGGUCCGGCUGAGCUCCCUCCUGCCUUACUUGCCCAUGCUGAUGGAUCCUUUGGUCUCGGCCUUGAACGGCUCCCAGACGCUGGUCAGCCAAGGCCUGCGGACCCUCGAGUUGUGCGUGGACAACCUCCAGCCGGACUUCCUGUACGACCACAUCCAGCCCGUGCGCGCAGAGCUCAUGCAGGCCUUGUGGCGGACGCUGCGCAAUCCCGCCGAGACCAUCUCCCACGUCGCCUACCGCGUUCUGGGCAAGUUCGGCGGCAGCAACCGGAAGAUGCUGAAGGAGUCGCAGAAGCUGCAGUACGUUGUGACGGAGAUCCAAGGGCCCAGCAUCACCGCCGAGUUCUCCGACUGCAAGGCCUCCAUCCAGCUCCCCAUGGAGAAGGCGAUUGAGACGGCCUUGGACUGCCUGAAGAGCGCCAACACGGAGCCAUAUUACCGGAGGCAGGCGUGGGAGGUCAUCAAGUGCUUCUUGGUGGCCAUGAUGAGCCUGGACGACAACAAGCACGCCCUCUAUCAGCUUCUGGCCCAUCCCAACUUCACGGAGAAGUCCAUUCCCAGCGUGAUCAUCUCUCACCGGUACAAAGCCCAGGACACGCCGGCACGCAAGACCUUUGAGCAAGCCUUGACCGGGGCCUUCAUGUCGGCCGUGAUCAAGGACCUGCGCCCCAGCGCACUCCCCUUCGUGGCCAGCCUCAUCCGCCACUACACCAUGGUGGCCGUGGCACAGCAGUGCGGCCCUUUCCUGCUGCAAUGCUACCAGGUGGGGAGCCAGCCCAGCACGGCCAUGUUCCACAGCGAGGAGAACGGCUCCAAAGGCAUGGACCCGCUGGUCCUGAUCGACGCCAUCGCCAUCUGCAUGGCCUACGAGGAGAAGGAGCUCUGCAAGAUCGGGGAGGUCGCCCUGGCCGUCAUCUUCGACGUCGCCAGCAUCAUCCUCGGCUCCAAGGAAAGGGCUUGCCAGCUGCCCUUGUUCUCGUACAUCGUGGAGCGCCUGUGCGCCUGCUGCUACGAGCAAGCCUGGUACGCCAAGCUGGGCGGCGUGGUGUCCAUCAAGUUCCUCAUGGAGCGGCUGCCCCUCAUCUGGGUCCUCCAGAACCAGCAGACCUUCCUCAAGGCCCUCCUCUUCGUCAUGAUGGACCUCACCGGAGAGGUGUCGAACGGUGCUGUCGCCAUGGCCAAAACCACGCUGGAACAGCUCUUGAUCCGGUGCGCGACUCCGCUGAAGGACGAAGAGAAGGCGGAAGACAUCCUGGCCGCCCAGGAGAAGUCCUUCCACCACGUCACCCACGACCUGGUCCGCGAGGUCACCUCCCCCAACUCCACCGUGCGGAAGCAAGCCAUGCACUCCCUGCAAGUCCUGGCACAAGUCACCGGGAAGAGCGUCACCGUCAUCAUGGAGCCCCACAAAGAGGUUCUCCAAGACAUGGUUCCUCCGAAGAAGCACCUUCUCCGGCACCAGCCUGCCAACGCCCAGAUCGGCUUGAUGGAGGGGAACACCUUCUGCACCACGCUCCAGCCCCGGCUCUUCACCAUGGACCUCAACGUGGUGGAACACAAAGUCUUCUACACAGAGCUUCUGAAUUUGUGUGAGGCCGAAGACAGCGCCUUGAUGAAGCUGCCUUGCUACAAGAGCCUCCCCUCCCUGGUCCCGCUCCGCAUUGCCGCGCUGAACGCCUUAGCCGCUUGCAAUUACUUGCCACAGUCGAGAGAGAAAAUCAUUGCGGCGCUGUUCAAGGCACUCAACUCCACCAACAACGAGCUCCAGGAGGCCGGAGAGGCGUGCAUGAGGAAGUUCUUGGAAGGCGCGACCAUCGAGGUCGACCAGAUCCACACGCACAUGAGGCCGCUGCUGAUGAUGCUGGGCGACUACCGGAGCCUGACGCUCAACGUGGUCAACCGGCUUACCUCCGUGACCCGGCUCUUCCCGAAUUCCUUCAACGACAAGUUCUGCGAUCAAAUGAUGCAACACCUGCGCAAGUGGAUGGAGGUCGUUGUCAUUACUCAUAAAGGAGGGCAGAGGAGUGACGGAAACGAAAUGAAGAUCUGCUCGGCCAUUAUCAACCUCUUCCACCUGAUCCCGGCCGCGCCUCAGACGCUCGUGAAGCCCUUGCUGGAGGUGGUCAUGAAGACCGAGCGGGCCAUGCUCAUCGAGGCCGGCAGUCCCUUCCGAGAGCCGUUAAUCAAGUUUCUGACGCGGCACCCUUCUCAGACGGUGGAGCUGUUUAUGAUGGAAGCCACCUUGAAUGAUCCCCAGUGGAGCCGAAUGUUUAUGAGUUUUUUGAAACAUAAAGAUGCGAAACCUCUGCGUGACGUCCUGGCCGCCAACCCCAACCGCUUCAUCACGCUGUUGCUGCCCGGCGGGACUCAAGCGGCCGUCCGGCCGGGCUCUCCCAGCACCAGCACCAUGCGGCUCGACCUCCAGUUUCAGGCCAUCAAGAUCAUCAGCAUCAUCGUGAAGAACGACGAGUGCUGGCUGGCCAACCAGCACUCUCUGGUGAGCCAGCUGCGGCGCGUCUGGGUCAGCGAGGCCUUCCAGGAGCGGCACCGGAAGGAAAACAUGGCCGCCACCAACUGGAAGGAGCCCAAACUCCUGGCCUACUGCCUCUUGAAUUACUGCAAGAGGAAUUACGGGGACAUUGAGCUUCUCUUCCAGCUCCUGCGGGCCUUCACGGGGCGCUUCCUGUGCAACAUGACCUUCCUGAAGGAGUACAUGGAGGAGGAGAUCCCCAAGAACUACACCAUCGCCCAGAAGCGGGCCCUCUUCUUCCGCUUCGUCGACUUUGCCGACCCCAACUUCGGAGACGAGCUGAAGGCCAAGGUCCUGCAACACAUCCUGAACCCGGCUUUCUUGCACAGCUUUGAGAAAGGGGAAGGGGAGCAGCUGCUGGGCCCCCCCAACCCGGAAGGAGACAACCCUGAAAGCAUCACCAGUGUCUUCAUCACCAAGGUCCUGGAUCCGGAGAAGCAGGCGGACAUGCUGGACUCCCUCCGCAUUUACCUCCUGCAGUUCGCCACGCUCCUGGUGGAGCACGCCCCGCACCACAUCCAUGACAACAACAAGAACCGGAACAGCAAGCUGCGGCGGCUCAUGACGUUUGCGUGGCCGUGCCUGCUUUCCAAGGCCUGCGUGGACCCGGCCUGCAAGUACAGCGGGCACCUGCUCCUGGCCCACAUCAUCGCCAAGUUCGCCAUCCACAAGAAGAUCGUCUUACAGGUCUUCCACAGCCUCCUGAAGGCGCACGCCAUGGAAGCACGGGCCAUUGUGAGGCAAGCCAUGGCCAUCCUGACGCCCGCGGUCCCGGCCCGGAUGGAGGACGGCCACCAGAUGUUGACGCACUGGACGAGGAAAAUCAUCGUGGAAGAGGGCCACACCGUCCCACAGCUCGUCCACAUUUUGCACUUAAUUGUCCAGCACUUCAAGGUGUACUACCCGGUGAGGCACCACCUGGUGCAGCACAUGGUGAGCGCCAUGCAGAGGCUGGGCUUCACCCCCAGCGUCACCAUCGAGCAGAGGAAGCUGGCCGUGGACCUGGCCGAAGUGGUCAUCAAGUGGGAACUGCAGCGCAUCAAGGACCAGCAACCGGAUUCCGACGCGGAUGCGGGUUCCAGCGGGGAAGGGGCGGGCUCCGGCUCCGCGGCGGUCAAGAGGGGCCUCUCUGUUGACUCCGGCCAAGAAGUGAAGCGCUUCCGCACAGCGACGGGGGGCAUCAGCGCCGUCUUUGGUCGCAGCCAGUCCUUACCGGGAGCGGACGCCCUCCUUUCGAAGCCCAUUGACAAGCAACACACGGACACCGUCAUCAACUUCCUCAUUAGGAUUGCGUGCCAGGUAAACGACAACUCGAAUACGGCGGGCUCUCCGGGAGAGCUGCUUUCCCGGCGCUGCGUCAACCUUCUGAAGACGGCGUUGCGGCCGGACAUGUGGCCCAAGUCGGAGCUCAAACUGCAGUGGUUUGAUAAGCUUUUGAUGACGGUGGAGCAGCCCAACCAGGCCAACUUUGCCAAUAUCUGCACCGGCCUGGAAGUCCUCAGCUUCCUCCUGACGGUCUUGCAGUCUCCAGCCAUCCUGAGCAGCUUCAAGCCUUUGCAGCGCGGCAUCGCCUCUUGCAUGACGUGCGGGAACACCAAGGUUUUGCGGGCCGUCCACACGCUGCUUUCGCGCCUGAUGAGCAACUUCCCGACGGAACCAAGUACCUCCAGCGUUGCCUCCAAGUAUGAAGAACUCGAGUGUCUUUAUGCGGCCGUCGGGAAAGUUAUUUACGAAGGACUUACUAAUUAUGAGAAAGCAACGAAUGCCAACCCUUCUCAACUUUUUGGUACCUUGAUGAUUCUGAAGUCGGCCUGCAGCAACAACCCCAGCUACAUCGACAGGCUGAUUUCGGUCUUCAUGAGGUCCCUCCAGAAGAUGGUGCGGGAACACCUGAACCAGCAGACCCAAGCAGGCACUCCCGAAGCAAACACAGGAACUACAAAGCACAGCACAUCAUUGAUUGAGCUUCUGAGUUUGAGCCUGCCAAUUUUGGACUCUCGCUUGCUGAGAUUCCAUCUGAACAUGAGGAAGAACUUCCUGACUGUUACAGCAACAUCUGUUAUAGAACUCCAGUAUGCUGAUGACAAUGUCGUCUGUGCUGUUGCAAAGAUAAUGGCGAGGCUUAUAUAUGCAAAUUCUCCAUUGGCUGCUGUUCAGACGCCCACCCUGCGAGAGAAGUCCAUUCUGCUGGUGAAAAUGAUGACCUACAUGGAGAAGCGCUUUCCGGAGGACCUUGAGCUGAACGCCCAGUUCUUAGACCUCGUGAACUACGUCUAUAGGGACGAAAGCCUUUCCGGGAGCGAGCUGACGGCCAAGCUGGAGCCGGCCUUCCUCUCGGGCCUGCGCUGUGCUCAGCCUCUCAUCCGGGCCAAGUUCUUCGAGGUCUUCGACAAUUCCAUGAAGCGCCGCGUUUACGAGCGCCUGCUUUACGUCACCUGCUCCCAAAACUGGGAGGCCAUGGGAAACCAUUUUUGGAUCAAGCAGUGUAUUGAGCUUCUGUUGGCUGUGUGCGAGCGGAACACGACCAUUGGGACCAGUUGCCAGGGCGCCAUGCUCCCGUCCAUCACCAACGUCAUCAACCUUGCGGACAGCCACGACCGGGCCGCCUUCGCCAUGGUGACCCACGUCAAGCAGGAGCCCCGAGAGAGAGAAAACAGCGAGUCCAAGGAAGAGGACGUGGAGAUCGACAUAGAGCUGGCUCCGGGGGACCAGGCCAGCACCCCCAAGACCAAGGAGCUUUCCGAAAAGGACAUCGGCAACCAGCUGCACAUGCUGACCAACCGGCACGACAAAUUCCUGGACUCCCUCCGAGAAGUGAAGACGGGUGCGCUGCUGAGUGCCUUUGUGCAGCUGUGCCACAUCUCCACCCCGCUAGCCGAGAAGACCUGGAUCCAGCUGUUCUCCAGGCUGUGGAAGAUCUUGUCCGAUAGGCAGCAGCAUGCGCUGGCGGGGGAGAUCAGCCCCUUCUUGUGCAGCGGGAGCCACCAGGUGCAGCGGGACUGCCAGCCGAGCGCGCUGAACUGCUUUGUGGAGGGCCUGUCGCAGUGCGUGCCGCCCAUCCCCAUCCGGCCCUGCGUGCUCAAGUACCUGGGCAAGACCCACAACCUCUGGUUCCGCUCCACGCUCAUGCUGGAGCACCAGGCCUUCGAGAAGGGCCUCAGCCUCCAGAUCAAGCCCAAGCAGACCGCUGCCGAGUUCUACGAGCAGGAGAGCAUCACCCCGCCACAGCAGGAGAUCCUGGAUUCCCUGGCCGAGCUGUACUCUUUGCUGCAGGAGGAGGACAUGUGGGCCGGCCUCUGGCAGAAGCGCUGCAAAUUCCCCGAGACCGCGACCGCCAUCGCUUAUGAGCAGCACGGCUUCUUCGAACAGGCUCAGGAGACGUACGAAAAAGCGAUGGAGAAAGCCAAGAAGGAGCACGACAGAAACAACGCUUCCCCAGCCAUUUUCCCCGAGUAUCAACUUUGGGAAGACCACUGGAUUCGGUGCUCCAAAGAGUUGAACCAGUGGGAAGCGCUGACCGAGUACGGGCAGUCGAAGGGCCACAUCAACCCCUACCUGGUCCUGGAGUGUGCCUGGCGCGUCUCCAACUGGACGGCCGUGAAGGAAGCCCUGGUUCAGGUGGAGUUGAGCUGCCCGAAGGAGAUGGCGUGGAAGGUGAACAUGUACCGGGGCUUCCUGGCCAUCUGCCACCCGGAGGAGCAGCAGCUGAACUUCAUUGAGCGCCUGGUGGAGAUGGCCAGCGGGUUGGCCAUCCGAGAGUGGCGGAGGCUCCCCCAGGUGGUCUCCCACGUCCACACACCCCUCCUGCAGGCGGCGCAGCAGAUCAUCGAGCUCCAAGAGGCGGCCCAGAUCAACGCGGGGCUGCAGCCGGCCAACCUGGGGCGGAACAACAGCCUCCACGACAUGAAGACGGUGGUGAAGACGUGGAGGAACCGCCUGCCCAUCGUCUCGGACGACUUGUCCCACUGGAGCAGCAUCUUCAUGUGGCGCCAGCAUCACUACCAAGCCAUUGUCGGUGCGUACGACAACAGCUCCCAGCACGACCCCAGUUCCAACAACGCCAUGCUGGGGGUCCACGCUUCGGCCUCGGCCAUCAUCCAGUAUGGAAAGAUCGCCCGGAAGCAAGGCCUGGUCAACGUGGCCCUGGACAUCCUGAGUCGCAUCCACACCAUCCCAACCGUCCCGAUCGUGGAUUGCUUCCAGAAGAUUCGGCAGCAAGUCAAGUGCUACCUUCAGCUGGCCGGAGUUCUGGGCAAAAACGAAUGCAUGCAGGGCCUGGAGGUGAUCGAAUCCACCAACCUGAAGUAUUUCACCAAGGAGAUGACGGCCGAGUUCUACGCGCUGAAGGGGAUGUUCUUGGCUCAGAUUAACAAGUCGGAGGAAGCCAACAAGGCCUUCUCGGCGGCGGUGCAGAUGCACGACGUGCUGGUGAAGGCGUGGGCCAUGUGGGGAGACUACCUGGAGAACAUCUUCGUCAAGGAGCGCCAGCUGCACCUGGGCGUCUCCGCCAUCACCUGCUACCUCCACGCCUGCCGCCACCAGAACGAGAGCAAGUCACGCAAGUACCUGGCCAAGGUUCUUUGGCUGCUCAGCUUUGACGACGACAAGAACACGCUGGCGGACGCUGUGGACAAGUACUGCAUUGGCGUCCCCCCGAUCCAGUGGCUGGCUUGGAUCCCACAGCUCUUGACCUGUUUGGUUGGGUCAGAGGGCAAGCUGCUCUUGAACCUUAUUAGCCAGGUUGGGCGUGUGUACCCGCAAGCGGUCUACUUCCCCAUUCGAACCCUUUAUUUGACGCUGAAGAUCGAGCAGCGCGAACGCUACAAAAGCGAUUCGGGGCAGCAGCAGCCGAGUUCGGUGGGGAGCCAGUCCCACUCGGCCUCGGACCCGGGCCCCAUCCGCGCCACGGCCCCCAUGUGGCGCUGCAGCCGCAUCAUGCACAUGCAGCGGGAGCUGCACCCCACACUCCUCUCCUCGCUCGAGGGCAUCGUGGACCAGAUGGUCUGGUUCAGAGAAAACUGGCACGAGGAGGUCCUCCGGCAGUUGCAGCAGGGACUGGCCAAGUGCUACUCGGUGGCCUUUGAGAAGAGCGGGGCCGUGUCGGACGCCAAGAUCACGCCGCACACCCUCAACUUCGUCAAGAAGCUGGUCAGCACCUUCGGCGUCGGCCUGGAGAACGUCUCCAACGUCUCCACCAUGUUCUCCAGCGCGGCCUCCGAGUCCCUGGCCCGGAGAGCCCAGGCCACGGCCCAGGACCCCGUCUUCCAGAAGCUCAAGGGACAGUUCACCACCGACUUCGACUUCAGUGUGCCGGGCUCCAUGAAGCUUCACAACCUCAUUUCGAAGCUGAAGAAGUGGAUCAAGAUCCUGGAGGCCAAAACCAAGCAGCUGCCCAAGUUCUUCCUCAUCGAGGAGAAAUGCCGCUUCCUGAGCAACUUCUCGGCCCAGACCGCCGAGGUGGAGAUCCCCGGGGAGUUCCUCAUGCCCAAGCCCACGCACUACUACAUCAAGAUCGCACGCUUUAUGCCCAGAGUGGAGAUUGUGCAAAAGCAUAACACGGCCGCCAGAAGGCUCUACAUCCGAGGUCACAAUGGGAAGAUCUACCCGUACCUGGUCAUGAACGACGCCUGCCUGACCGAGUCGCGCCGAGAGGAGCGUGUCCUGCAGCUCCUCCGCCUCCUCAACCCGUGCCUGGAGAAGAGGAAGGAGACCACCAAGAGGCACCUCUUCUUCACAGUCCCGCGAGUGGUGGCGGUCUCCCCGCAGAUGCGCCUGGUGGAAGACAACCCCUCCUCGCUCUCCCUCGUGGAGAUCUACAAGCAGCGCUGCGCCAAGAAGGGGAUCGAGCACGACAGCCCCAUCUCGCGCUACUACGACCGGCUGGCCACCGUCCAAGCGCGAGGCACCCAGGCCAGCCACCAGGUCCUCCGCGACAUCCUGAAAGAAGUGCAGGGCAACAUGGUGCCACGUAGCAUGCUGAAGGAAUGGGCGCUGCACACGUUCCCAAACGCCACCGACUACUGGACCUUCCGGAAGAUGUUCACCAUCCAGCUCGCCCUGAUUGGCUUUGCGGAAUUCGUCUUCCACUUGAACCGCCUGAAUCCUGAGAUGCUUCAGAUUGCACAGGAUACCGGCAAGCUGAAUGUGGCCUACUUCCGAUUCGAUAUCAACGACGCCACGGGGGACCUGGAUGCCAACCGCCCCGUUCCGUUCCGACUCACGCCAAACAUUUCAGAGUUCCUCACCACCAUCGGCGUUUCCGGCCCACUCACCGCCUCGAUGAUUGCCGUCGCCCGCUGUUUCGCGCAACCAAACUUCAAGGUGGACGGCAUCCUGAAGACGGUUCUGCGAGACGAAAUCAUUGCCUGGCACAAGAAGACCCAGGAGGACACCUCCUCCCCGCUCUCGGCGGCCGGGCAGCCGGAGAACAUGGACAGCCAGCAGCUGGUGUCGCUGGUCCAGAAAGCGGUGACGGCCAUCAUGACGCGGCUGCACAACCUGGCGCAGUUCGAAGGCGGCGAGAGCAAGGUCAACACACUGGUGGCGGCCGCCAACAGCCUGGACAACCUCUGCCGCAUGGACCCCGCCUGGCACCCCUGGCUCUAGCGAGCGGGAGGGAACCUGCCGGACUUCGCCCCCAUCGCCCCUCCGCCUCCACCCGCCUCCAUCCCACCUUCUCCGACCUUCCGUUCAGUGUUCUCGUGUUUACAAUCAUACCACGGAUGUUCCCGUGAUGCCUUUCCCAUUGUUUUGCAUGCUUCAAGGCGCGAGGAAUAUUGAGAAUAUUUUUUCUACGAGAAGGGAGAAUUCCGAUGAGAUUUCUCCAGGUCGUCUGACGUGAACUCCUUUUCUUUCUUUUUUUAAAUGUGAAGCUAGUAUUGUUAAAUUUUUUUUAAUGCAAAAUGUGUUUCCUUCAUGGAUUUCCUUUCAAGUGGUACAAAUUCUGAUGAAAUAACGUUUUUUAAUCCGCUCGGAAACAUACUGAAAUCAAAGUGGACUUGCAUACAAAAUUGUAUAUAGAACUGUAUACAAAAUUGUAUGCAAAAUUGUAUAUAAAACUGUAUACAAAAUUGUAUGCAAAACUGUAUACAAAAUUGUAUAUAAAACCGUAUACAAAAUUGUAUACAAAAUCAUUUUUGUUCCUCGUUGGAAGCUACCGAUCAAAUUUGUCCUUGUUUUAUUUUACUAGAACAAGAAAAAGUUGUGUACUUAUUUUUUUGGGGGGGGGGGUGUCUUUUUUGCAGCCUGGUUGAGUGAAAAGGGAAAUCACAAAAGUGAAAUUGUCACUCAGACAAAAGAACCAGCCUGGUAAGAAUCAAAGGUUAUGUGAGAUAAGCUGGGAUAUCCUUUCUUUCUCGCCCUUCUCCCUUUCCCCCGUUUUUAAGUUGGACUCAUUUCAACCUCUUGUUGUUAAGUGGCUUCGAAAGCAACCGUUUUGUAGUGUUUAUCAUUUUUAAAAAUGAAAAAAAAAGAGUUAAAGAAUUGCUUUUAUUUGGGUCGGUGUGAGCCAUGUUUCUACGCCCUUGCAGUGUUGAGAAUGUUCGAGUCCCAAUUUGUACAGAGCAAACCGUUUUUCAAAAUAAAUAUUUUCUAAACUG